AUGGAAACUUAUCUGCAAACCACCUAUAAAACAUGUCAAUCUUUCGAUUAUUUCGAAUCCAAUGAUUUUCUCAAAAUCACACUUCGAAUUAUUUCUAUCAUCACAUUUCCUCUAACUAUUUAUUGCACAUUUUUGAUAAUUUAUGUGACGCCAGAAUCAAUGAAAAAUGUGAAAAGUUGUUUUUUGUAUGUUCAUUUUUUCACUUUUUUGUUUGAUUGUGUUGAUGUGUUAUUGCUGGAACCGUAUUUGUUUUUGCCUGCUCCAGUGGUUUAUUUCAAUGGUAUUUUUUAUGGGUAUUUUGGAAUCAAUCAUCAUAUUUUGGUUUGGUUCGGACAAUAUUCGAUUUAUUGUAAGUAGUUUAAUCCCCGUCUGAUCAAAUAUUUCAAUUUCGAAGAGAAAUUCUUAGCAAAACUCAGAACACAAUACAUAGACUCUGAAGUUUCAAGAACAGGUGUUGAUUUCGUAUAAUAUUUCUGACAAUGAGAUGUUUUUUCAGUGGUCGGAAUGUCAGUAAUAUUUUUAUAUCAAUCUCGUCACAGUAUGAUAAUCACAGCCAAAUAUCGAAUCACUAGAACCAGCACCAAAAUAAUUUAUCACACGAUUAGUUAUCUUUUUGGAGCAAUUGUUUUAGCUGUAUACAAUUUACAAGGUAAAAGAAUGGGCGUGGCACACACGAUAAUAUUUGACCAUUUUUCCAAUCCUGGCACGCUUUUUUCCCAAAAGUGUUUUACUAACAAACAUUUUGUAGAUUACGAUCAGGAUACGGUCAAACUUAAAUUCCUCCAAAUUUAUCCAUGUCCUCCAAUUGAAUAUUUCGAUCAAAAUGCGCGAGUUAUCACACCAAAUCUCUCCCUAAUCAUAUAUUUUCAAUUAAUUGCCAUAAUUUGGAUAGUUUGUCAUGGUCUAUUUUGGGUUCUCAGAACGGUUCAUGAACUCACCAAAAAGACUUCGAAUAUUUCAAAAAAGACGAGAGAAAUGCAAUUGAAGUUUAUCUAUACAGUUAGUAUUCAAAUAGCGAUUCCAUUGUUGGUUAUGGUUUUUCCGGUUUCAUAUUUUACUUAUAUGAUCGCGGCUUCAUCUAUUAGUCAAUUUAUGGAUAAUUUUAUAGUUUUGUCAAUGGGUUUACAUGGAUUACUUUCGAAUAUUGCAUUGAUUUUGGUUCAGAAACCUUAUCGAGAUUUCACUUUUUGUUUUAUUUGUAAAAACAAACAUGAGAAAAAGGUGUUUUCAAAAGUUAGUCGUCAGCUUUAA